AUGUCAGUCUCUUCAGCUCUAAACCCCCAACUCUUCUCUCUCCUCCCAAACCCUUCUCUCUCCUCCAAACCCCACAAGCUCUCACCACCCACCUCUCUCAAAUUCUCAACCAAACUCCACACCCUCUCCCCCUCCUUCAACUCUUCCUACUCCACCAAGCUUGAAGAAGAAGACCACGUCAUCGGCGAUUGCGUCGUCUUCGAAGAAGGCAUAUUCGACGACCCGUUUCUCCAAGAACCCGAACCCGAACGGUUCGACCCGGAAAAGCCCAAACCCAGAAAGCGGGUCGAGAUUGAGACGGAGAAUUUGGUGCCGGAGGGAUGGAAGGAGGUGCAGGCGGAGGUGAACAUAACGAAGAAGGAGAGGAGGAAGAUUGCGCAGGAGAUGCAGUUCGGAACGAGAGUGGCGAAGAACAAGAGGGGGUUGGAGCCGAUAAGGGAUUUGAAUUUGGAGGAGUACAAGGCGUAUAGGGAGGCCAAGUUGAACCAGCUGAAGCCGCUGGUUUUGGAGAGGCCGGAGAGGUUUAAGGAGGUGGAGGAGGGAGGGAGUGAGGAGGUUGUGAGUGUGAGAGUUGCGCCGAAGAAUCCGAGGUGGGCGGUUUAUGGGAAGGGGUUGGAGGAUGUUACUGAGUUUUUUAACAGCGAGCAUUAUGAGCCUGGUGUCAAGAGAGCUGAAGGACCGCGGCCAUUGUUUACGAAAGAGGAGAAGCUGAUGAUGAAUAGGCGGAAACCCGAUAUGGCUGCUGCCACUUCUAGUAAAUGGCUGCCCCUUCAUACUCUUGCAGCAUCAGGAGAAUUUUACCUUAUGGACGCUUUAUUGAGACAUGAAGCUGAUAUCAAUGCUGUGGAUAAGAAUGAUUGGACUGUUCUUCACAAAGCAAUUAUCGGUAAAAACCAGGCCAUUACAAACUAUCUUCUUAGAGAAUCGGCUAAUCCAUUUGUUCGUGAUAAGGAUGGGGCCACCUUGAUGCACUAUGCUGUCCGAACAGCUUCAAGUCAAGCAAUUAAGAUUCUUUUGUUAUACAAUGUUGACAUAAACCUUCAGGACAAUGAUGGGUGGACACCGUUACAUCUAGCUGUUCAAGGCCGAAGAGUAGAUGUAGUGAGGCUUUUGUUGAUUAAAGGCGCGGAUAAGACAUUGAAAAACAAGGACGGAUUAACCCCGCUUGAGCUUUGCCUCUAUUCUGGCCGAGACACAAGGACUUACGAGCUAAUAAAGGUGUUGAAGCUUCUUCCCAAAACUCGCUAAUGAAUAACUCACCUCUACAGUGCUUCAGCCACCCAAAUUGGUUUGAGGGGCGCAAGCCAUGGUUUGAUCUUCGAUAGCUCUUAGUUGAAAAUCUCAGCGGAUGCAGAUACAACUGCCAAGUGCCAACCACAAAUAGGAUCCCCAAUCUCAAAGUCAAGGACUUUGGUACUUGUAAUUCUUUGUAAUUAUGAAAUCAUUGACUUAAGAAAUGCAAUUAGUCGUCUUUUUCAAAGUGGG